AUGCCCUCCCUAGAUCGAGACGCCCUCCUGGCGGCCGCCCAGGCGUUUUGCAACUCAUUGGCCAACAAAGAGGCUCCAGACAAGAUUUUCAGCCACUUCGCGAGCGCAGAGGAUGUCCUUGCUCUGGAGCAUGGCCUGCCCCAGCUGGCACCCUUCUUGGGCCGCGAGUUUCGCGGGCACAAAGGCCUGGAAGAGUACUUUGGGCUCCUGUCCUCUACCCUGAAAUACGAAGAUAUGCGCUUCAGUAACUUCGUUGUCGAUGCACAGGUCUCCAAGGUGUCUGUGCGUGGAGAAGCAAAGUUCAUCUGGACCAAGACCGGCCAGUCGUGGGACGAAGUCUUCACCUACGUCCUCGAGUUUGACGAGGAAGGCAAAGUCAAGGUCUACGAGGUCUGGGCCGACAGUGGUGCUGCCUACCUGGCCAGCAAAGGCCAACUCUGA